AUGGCAGGCGAUAGCAAGAUCACCCUCGGGCGUUACAUGUGGGAACGCAUUCACCAAAUUGGCGUCGACACGAUCUUCGGAGUACCAGGGGACUUCAAUCUCCAGUUUCUCGACUCCAUUUACCUCACUCCAGGCCUAUCUUUCGUCACCAACCAAAAUGAGCUGAAUGCGGCUUACGCCGCCGAUGGGUACGCUCGCAUCAAGAAUACGCCUGGAUGUCUCGUGACCACGCACGGUGUCGGGGAAUUAUCAGCCCUGAACGGUAUAGCAGGUAGCAUGAGUGAACAUGUCAAAGUCAUCCAUGUCGUUGGACAGACUACACGGGCGAUGCAAAAGGGCAAUAUGAUGAUCCAUCAUAGCAUUGGGAAUAAGCCGGACCAUCAGAUGUACAACAAGGCUAGCGAGGGGCUGAGGUUUGCAGCUGCAGAACUCUGGGAUGUUGCGGAUGCGCCGAAAGAGAUUGAUAGGGUGCUGAGAGAGUGUGUUAUCAAGAGUGGGCCGGUGUACAUCUUUCUACCGCUGGACUUGAGUGCCGAGAUGGUGGAUGCUGGGUUGUUGAACACACCGAUUGAUCUUGAGCCACAUAUCGAUGAGAAGGCACGGGAUGAAGCGAUUAAAGCUAUCACAACUGCGAUUGCGGAAGCCAAACAGCCCAACGUACUAGUAGAUGCCCUCGUCCAGCGCUUCAAUGCUUCUCAAGAGGCUGCGCAGCUAGUCCGCAAACUCAAUGUUCCUUUCUACUCGGCGGUGAUGGGCAAGGGCAUUGUCGAUGAGACUGAGGAGAACUUUGUUGGAGUAUGGAACGGCGAAAUUUGCACUCCAGGUGUCAAGGAAGCCGCAAAACAAGCAGACUUGGUGGUUACCCUAGGGUACAUACCUUGUGAUACAAACUCGGCUGGUUUCUCGAGGCAGUUGGAGGAGAGCAACACGAUCCAUAUCAAUCCGCAUGAUGUUGUUGUCAAAGGGAAAUCCUACCCCAACACGCCCAUAAAGUCCCUGCUUGCAGCUCUAACCGCCGCUCUACCAUCAACACCGCAGCACAGCGUCCCCAAAAUCCAGCUCCCACCACCCCGCACCCCACUCGACGCAAAAUCAGCCCAUCUGACCCAAUCCCAACUCUGGCCCGCCAUUCAAUCUUUCAUCCGCCCCGGUGACGCCAUAGUCAGUGAAACAGGAACUUCAAAUUGGGGUAUCUGCGACAUGACCUUCCCAGCAGACAUCAGGCUAGUCACACAGAUUUACUUCGGCAGUAUCGGCUUCGCUACCGCUGCUACAUUGGGUGCAGAUAUUGCACGGAGAGAAGUAGAAAACAAAACUAAGAGUCAAGGUGGAGAAGGAGAAGGAAGGACUAUUUUGAUGACAGGCGAUGGAAGUAUGGCUUUGACAAUCCAGGAAAUCGGUACUAUGAUCAAGGCAAAGUGUAAGACUAUUGUGUUUGUCAUCAACAAUGAUGGAUAUACGGUUGAGAGGUUGAUUUGGGGAGCUCAACAACCAUACAACGAUAUUGUCCCCCACAACUACUCCCACCUCCUCCCCCUAUAUCAUCACCCCGACCCGCAAUCCUCCUUCCACCGUGCAACAACAGCAGCGGAACUCUCAGCUAUACUAUCCAAGCCGGAACUUAAGCAGCCGCAGAAGCUGCAACUGGUGGAAUUGGUGCUUGACAAGAUGGAUACGAGUUGGAAGCUGAGUACGGCGCUGGCGUGGAGGAGCGAGGAGCAUAAGGAGUAUCUGACUAGAGAGGGCUUUGUGGAUACGUAUGGAGGGUGGGGAUUAGACGGAAAGGCCGGAGGCACUGUAAAGUGGAGUUGA